AUGGACAGCGCCGACGCGGCGACGCCGCUCGGCGCGUGGGCGUGGAUCCGGGGCUACUUCUCCCCGGCCACGCUCUUCCUCGUCGUCAACCUCGUCAUCGGCACCAUCGCGCUCACCUCCCGCGCCACCCAGCAGCGCCGACGCAGGGAGCACUACUACCACGACGACGCCCACGGCCACCACCUCCAAGAAGAACCGCUGCACCCGCAGAUGGAGCAGCCGGGGUACGGCCACUACUACCACCCGGAGCAGACGCUGUACGCGCCUCCGCCCGCGCCCGCGCCGCUCGCGCGCACGUCCUCUGUUCUCGACCGGCUCAGGUCGCUCGGCCUCUACCGCUUCCGCUCCGGCGACUUCCCGCCCGAGUACGGCGCUGCUGCGGCGGCGGCAGCGCCGAACUACGCUCAGGAUGUGUCCGCUCCGGUGGAGGAGGAAGAGACGACCGCGACGGCGCACUACGCCAGGAGCCGGUCGGAGCCGGCACCUGCUGCGGGGCGGGAGGAUGAGAGGAGGCCGUCGCCGGCGCCGCCCAGGGUGAAGAAGUCGGGCUCGGAGGUGAGGAAGUCGCAGGUGGCGCGGGCGGUGCCCAGGGUCGUCGAGGCGGUCGCCGAGAACGACGACUCCGUGGAGGAAGCGAGGGCGCAGGAACCCGUCGGCGGUUUCAGGCGGGGACCGUCGCCGCUCCAGCAAGAGUACAACUACCAGGAAGAAUACGUUCCUCCUCCGGCACGGGUGCGGGCGCCGGCGGCACCCACCCCGCUGCAGCGCACAUCGUCCGUCCUGGACCGGCUCCGCUCGCUGGGGCUCUACGGCUUCCUCGCUCCCGACCAACCCGCCGCCGCGUCAGUUCCAGCAAGCGAUGGCUUCGCCACCCCGGCGGACGAGAAGAGGCACGCGCACUACGACAGGAGCCGGUCCGAGCCGGCACCGGAGCAGGGCAAGAAGGAGAAGAAGUCGGAGGCGAAGUCAAGAAUGGCAAAGUCGAGCUCGGAGGCGAGGAAGACGCCCGCUCAGAGCCCGGUGGAGGCCGGCGGCGAGUGCGUGGACGCGAGGGCGGAGGCAUUCAUCGACAGCUUCAGGCAGCAGCAGCAGCAAGUGGUGCACCACUACCAGGAGGAGGAGUACGUCCCGCCUCCGGUGCCCGCGCCGCCGCUGUCGCGCACGUCGUCCGUCCUGGACCGCCUCCGCUCCUUCGGCCUGUACCGCUUCCGCUCCGGCGACUUGGGCCCCGACCUCCCCGCCGCCGCCGAGACGGACGAGAAGGAGAAGCAGGAGGCGGCGCACCACGGGCGGAGCCGGUCGGAGCCGGCGCGGGAGCAGGGCAAGAAGAAGCAGGAGGCGAGGAUGAGCAAGUCGAGCUCGAGCGGCGUCGUGGAGGAGGCGGAGACGGAACAGUGCGUGGACGCGCGCGCGGACGACUUCAUCAACAAGUUCAGGCAGCAGCUGCAGCUGCAGCGGCUCAACUCGCUGCUCAACUACAAGGAGAUGCUCAACGGCGGCGGCGGCGGCGGCGGCAAGCAGUAG